AUGGCUGUGCCGAGGCCAUGUAUGCAGGCCUCCACUGAGGCGCAGGUCCAACACGCUUACGCUCCGCUUCAGGGACAGAACUUGGCCGCAUCGACACAUGCCUUACCCAGAGGUCUCCGUUCUUGGCGCCUUCCUUCUGAAUUUCUGAGUUACAGCUCAUCGCUGCAUGACCGUCCACAUAAUUCGCCAUAUAUUCAGCCUUCCCCAAGGGAAGACUUGAAGAUUACGAUCCGGAUCUUGAUCCGGCUUGCAGGCUCAACAGGAAGCUUUGGCAUAGGCCAUCAGUUUUACCUGCACCUGCCUAGCGGCCCAUGGCCGACCGUGCCGACAGCCCUGCCUGGACAGCCCUGCCUGGACAGCCCUGCCUGGACGCCAUUCGGAGCCAUCCGAGCCACCGGAGCCAUCUCAGGCACUGCAGGCUGCCAAGGAAGCUGUGCUUUCAAGGAUUUCCGGCGCACCGCCUCACGGCGUGUUUGUGCGCUUAAGGCCAAGAAUGGGGAUGAACUUCCGAGCCCACAGCAGGCGACAAGUCCUGUGAACCCGAGAAAUCACAAGGAAGAGGAUGAAGACGAAGAAAAAGAGCUGAGUCCCAGUUAA